UUCAUGCUCGUUUUGGAGAGCGGCGGUUUUGGAAGAAGGAAACUCGGUUCCUCUGUCUCCCCGUCCCUCCCUCGCUCUCUCUCUCUGUCUCCCUCUCUACAGGACACUGACUUGGUCUUUAAAUUGGCUCUGCUUCGAGGCUGAAUCAACAACUACUUAGGCCCUGCGAGCCCCGUAGCAGUUUCAGCAGGGCUGGACUGCUCCCUAUGCUGAUCAUAGAGUGAGAAGGGGACUACAAGGAGAGGGGGAAGGAAAAGGAAAGGAGCGAUCUUGAUGGGUUUUUAGUAGUUGUUGGGUGGGGAUGAAGUGCAAAGGUGCGAUCUUUAUGGGUUUUUCGUCGUAAAGUUUGGAUUUUUUGUCUUUUCGGUAAUACGUACUGAUAUUUUUGGUCUUUAUUGGAUUUUUCCUCCCUUGUUUUUUACUGUAAUUUGGUUUGGUCUGCUAGUGGGUUUUGAUGGGUCGGUCAGGCGGUGUUAGAUUCUAGAGGGAAAGAGUCGCCGCAGAUGAAAAUCUUAGAGAAGUGUGAAGAAUUUUAGUUGUUCUUUGUAUUUAUGGCUGCUAGUUGAUCUUUGUGUAGCCAAAAAAAAAAGGUUGUCUUUUUUAUUGGUGUGAGAUAACUUUUUUCCAACAAAAUCUGUCUACUUUUUUUGAAUUUGAUGUUUCUUUGUGCGAAGGCUUGGGUUUUGUUUAGUAUUUCAGGUGCAGUAGAUAAAAUAAACGAGUGGCUUGGUAAUUUUAUAUUAGAUUUCUGGUUUUCUUUUAGGAGUUUAUAGCAAUUGGAUAUUCCUUUGAAGUUUAGGAGGGCCUUGCUGAACUAGGAAAGAGGGAGUAUUAGAGGGGAUUCUGUUGGUUUUGUAAUUAUAGCUCCUCUUUUUCUCCUGUUCUUCUCGUAUAAGAUCUUAAACAUCCAGUUUCAUCUGUUCUAAAACUCUGAAUCAUAGGCACUGAGGAGGUCUUUAUCAAAGCAACCCCUAAAAGGGGAAACAGAAGAAAGAAUAAAAAGGAGACCUUUGGGUCUUUUCUGUUAUCUUGUAUAUGGUUGCUCACCUCUGAUGAGCAGCACUGAGGAGGAUUCUCGAACCAGCCUAGUUCUCUUUUUAUGCUUCUGAGAUCAAAGAUUCCAAGACAUUACAUUGAGGAGGAGGUUUAGAGCAGCUAGCAACAACUAAGACCUCAUGUCUGAUAACACUUGCCUUCCGUCUCCCACUGCCAAUAAUAAGAGGCCCACAGCUUCCUCUCUCUUCCCCUCUCCAAGGCUCUUUUCAGGUUUUUCUCCAAAGGGUCCCUCAGACUGUGAGGCUGCCAUGAGCCCAACCUCCAUACUAGAAACCAAACCCUUCUCUGCUAUUGGGAACCCCUUUUUCACUGGUGGGAACCAAAGAAGGUCCAUCAGAGAUGCUACUGCUCCCACCUCUGCUAAUCGGAGCAGACAUCACCCUUGGGACAACGGAGACUCAAAAGCCAUUGGACUUGGCCUUGUGGAUGCUCUCAACAAUGAAAAAAUUGAUAAGCAGGCCUGUAAGCCAGAGAGUAGGAUGGUGCUGUUUGGCUCGCAGCUUAAACUUCAGAUUCCUCCUAUCCAAUCCAGUUCCUUUUCGCCAUCCCGUUCAAUCGAGUCUCCUCAUUCACCAAUAGAAUUUGGCAUCAAGACUAAGAAUUCCCAGUUGGCUUUGUACUCUCCUGCCCGGAGAUCUCCAAUGGGGUCGACCAACAUGGAAGCUAUUGUGCUAACUUCUUCUCCUCGCCUUUUUACGGGCUGCCUUACUCCGAGUGAGAUGGAGCUCUCAGAGGACUAUACUUGUGUGAUCUCUCAUGGUCCGAACCCAAGGACCACUCACAUAUUUGACAAUUGCAUUGUGGAGAGCUGUGGUGAUGGAGUUGUUGCUUUGAGGAAGGAAAACAGGCCCUUGGCUAAUAAUUCAGGCUAUACUUCAGAUGAUUUCUUGAGCUUCUGCUAUGCUUGCAGGAAGAAUCUGGGGCAGGGGAAAGACAUUUUCGUGUAUACAGGUGAAAAGGCAUUCUGCAGCCGUGAGUGCCGUGACCAGGAGAUGCUGUUUGACGAAGAGAUGGAGAAGUGCUCAGGAGACCUCUCAGAUUCCCUCUAGAAGAGUAGGAUAUACAUGGAGUCUAAGAGAAGUUCAGGAGUUCAAGAUACGAACGAAAACUAUCAAAGCUUCCUGUUAAAGCCAAGAACAAAAGAAGAAUGUAGGAGAACAGAACCAAAAAAUAAGUUCAAGAUCGCAUGUUGAACAGUUUUCCAGCCAAUUUUGCAAAACCUAAGAGUUCCUUGUCAUUGCAGAGAAGAGACCAAUCUUUAUAUAACUGCAGGAUGUUCCAUUUCACCUGUUCUGCUGGGGAGCUUCUGUUGAGGAAGCAUAGCAUUGCCGAAUUGAAGUACAGUGUUCAAUUGCACUUAUGACUAACUUUAGUAUAUGCUUGAUUGGAAGUGCAUUCUACCACAGCAAAAACAUCAUACAAGCUAAAUUUUAUGAAUUUACUUCUAAAACAUAGAAGAGAUCUCAUGGUAUAAUUUGCUAAUGGAAAGGGAAGGGGAAAAAGGAAAAACAGAUUUCAAAGAAAAUAAAAGCCCGAGUAAACUUUCUUUCAGAACUUGCAUAUAUUUGAAUAUAAAGUAGCCACGACAUUAUAAACUGCCAAAGGGAAAAAAGAAAAUGCUCUUAGAAAGUGAGAGUAAAAAUCUAUAGCCAGGUCUAACCAACCCAGAACUAUAGACUAAAAAAGAAGAACACGAUCUAACCCCCCAUUGGAUCAAGUUGCUCUUCGGGAAGUCCCUGCAGGAAGAGAAGAACUAAAUAUGCUUGUCUAAUGAAGCCAAAUACAAAAUGAAUGCUCUCCUCCUUGUUUAAACUAUCCAACUCUUCCUGAAACCAAAAAUUUGCAAUCUUUUGUUUGUCGUCAUGUUGUGCCUGGAAUGGGAGCUUCUGCAUCUCUUGACAAGUGAGCACGGUAACAUAUUCUAGGGAAGGGAUAUAAAUUACAUGACCACAAAUGCUCUGCAAUCUUGGUAAUGCAACCAAGACUAGUCUCCUGAGCCUACGCAGGAUGGGGCUCACCUCUUCUCUUUCUAUUUCUGGGACUCAAGCCAGUUUCAUCCUCUGCAUGACCAAUUGCUCCAUACCAAAGCAAACCAUCAAUCUUAGCUCAGUAGGGCAUGGAAGUCCUUGCAGCCAAUUAACAUUUUUCAACUUGUGACAUGAGGUAAUCCCGAAAUGUUGAAGCCUUUGAAAGAGCUCCCUUGUUUGCGGUCCCCUCCAAAUAAUACCCUUAACUCCCAAUGAUUAUAGAGCUGGAGGAUCUCUAGUCUUUGUAGAUGAGGAUGCUUUGGUUCCCCUAUAGCCCUGCUUACAUUUGCCACCACCUCCUCCUAGGCAUUGCAACUUGGAGGCAUCCCAAGGUUCUAUAGCCUAACUGCUGAAGUUAAAAGGGUGGUCUCUAUUUGUAAAUCAUUUAUACCAAGCCAUGUUUUGCUUGGAUGAGAUAUUCUUUGAAGCGCUUGAAGCAUUGCGCAGAGUGAGAGUAGCCCCUCCGUCAAGGGUAGCGAGGGGAUGCAGGUGUGGGAUUCUACUCUGGUAGGGUAUUUUGUUGGCCCUAAACCGUCUUCAUUGAUCAAGAAGGAAAUCCAAAAGGAACUCGAGUUUUUGGUGCGAUCGCUCGGGAAUUGAGACAGGCUCUCACUCUAAGAGCUUGUCAGCAAUCCCCAUGUAAGUGAACUCUUCUCGACCUACCUGCCCAUAUAGAGAUACAUCUGGUACCCGUGGCUUCGAUGAUGGGCGAGGUUCUCGACAAUUACAAAUGGUAUCAAAGUAGAUCCGGUUAUGAUCCAUGCGGUCUUUUUGGGGCUGGGCUGAUAUUUCUGAUUAGACUUAUGGUAUUUAUGAAUGGAUAUGGAUCCUUAGCCUUGCGAGGACUCUAGAGCUUAAACAGGAGUGAGAGGAUCUGUGUGGGCAUGUGUUUAGAUCCACAUCAGUUAUGCUUUAUGUAGA